ACUAAAUAUAAAAAUAAUAAAAAUAAUAUAUUUUUAAUAUCAUAUAUUGUACAUAAAAAUAUAACUAUUAAAUAUUUAAAUAAAUAAUGAAAUUAUUUUUAGUGUUGUUACUUUGUAACAUAAUAAUUGCUAACUAUGUUAAUGGCAAAUUUGAUAACACUUAUGUUGAACCAGUUAAAGUUCACACAUACACAAUGAAAGGUCGAUUAUUGUAUCCCCGAACAUAUACAUGUAAAUUACUUGAUCUAACCGAAAACUAUGUGAGUAACCAGGUUACUUUAGACAUUAUCAAAAAGGCCAGGGCAUCGACACAGGUAACCACUUUUAAUUAUAAGCACAUGGGAUGGAAAGAGGCCAACACACUAGCCAUGACCAUGGUCAACUCGUUUAUGGCGUCCACUAAUGAUAUUGAACGGAACUCCUGUUUGAAGACUACCGGAACUCCAAUUGAAAAUAAUUGUUUUAAGGAAAUUGCAACAAAAAUAAGCCAAGAUCUCGAUCGUGUGCACCGACACCCGCACACAAUUAUUGUGGCACCAGUAGCCAUGCAGGCCAUUGUCGUGGGCUCUGGUAAACAGCCUACCGUUGAUGUUGGACUGGGACCCAUAUUUUUGCAAAUGUUUGAAUUUUAGUAAUGAUAAUCUUAAAAAAUAAACAAAAAUUUAGAAACUAAUAAAAAAUUAUUAGUUUUUUUUAGUUAAUAAUUAUGAUAAUAAAAUUAAUACAUGUUUAAGAAAUGAUAAUUAGUUGCCAUGAAAAUUAAAAAUAAAUAAA